GCAUCAUGUUCUCCAACAAACGUACAGACGUAAUAACUACCAAGUUCUUGAGAAUGAGAUGGAAAACAGACCAUGUGAUCCCUCAAAUUCUCAUGCCUCUUUCCAAUCCCCACCCAAUUGUCCCCAUUUCAGAUAUUUUCCUCUACACACCCUUUCAUCUAUACGUAGACACACACAUACACACAGAUGAUCCCAUAAACAAUUGAAAUCCUGAGUCUUUACAAACAUGAAAUCUAAUGAGACGUGAUCCUAAAAUGAUUUAGUUUCCUGUUUUAUUUGUAUUUAUUUCAUAGAUUUGCUGUAUAUAUUCCUUAUCUCUCAAGGACUUGAUUCUUGCCUAGAAUAGGAAAUCCUUUGUGUAGACACCAAGCAAAGCAUUGUAUAUAAUUAUCACAUGAUUGUUCAAUGAAAAUCAUCGAGAAUAUUCAAAACCUUUCAUGGUAUCAAGAGCCUGAGACUCACAGUCCUCGAUCCUCAAUUUUCUUGUUCCCUGUCUUUUUUUUUUUUUUGUUGGCACCAUGGCUUCUUCCUCGUCUAUUGAUUUUCCUAGCGUUCAUCAUGUUAUCUCCAUUCGUCUCAAGUGUGAUAAUUAUCUGACGUGGCUUGCUCAAAUUGUUCCUAUCCUUCGCAUCUGCCGCUUGCUCAGCUUUGUUGACGGCACUUCUCUGUGUCCUCCGACCAUUCCUGACCCAAAUGCUAAGGCCGAUGAAUCUACUUUUCUGUCUCUCCUCCCCAACCCAGAGUAUGAUGAUUGGGUCCAGAAAUAUCAGCUUGUUUUCUCUCUCUCAUCAACGGUUCCUUUCACCAUGAAGUUCUCACCACCGUAGCUUCCAAGACCAUCGCUGUGACACUUGGGUAGCCCUUGAAACUCAUUUUGCUUCUCCGAAUCAGAAUCGUCUUCUUCAACUUCACAGUAACUUGCUUUGCACAACCUGUUGUGAAUCUUCCAUCACUGAUUUCCUUGAUCGUAUUAACUCGAUUGACGAUAACUUGGCUCUGGCAGGUGCUUUAGUUGCUGACUCUGAUCUCCUUGUGAUGGUUAUGAACAACGUUUGUCCUCUUUAUGAAAAUACCAUUGCCGCUACUCAAGCUCGUGAGAAACCCAUCAAUAUGCCUGAUCUUGAUGCUCUCCUCUUGUCUGCUGAACGUGGCCUGUAGUUAUCUUAUUCUCUGGUCAUGUAUUCUGGUGCGACAGCUAUGGAAGCUUCCCAUGGUGGUCUCGGUGGCUGUGAUUUUGGCGAUUGUGCUGGGUUUGCUGGUCAUAGUCCCGAUCUUCCCAACUCAUUCUCUCCCUCACGACUAGGUUUUACUUCUGGUCGCGGUUUCCCUGGCGCUUCCUAUGGCGCCUCUAGUCCUGCCUCACAUCAACAACAUUUUGGUAGCAAUAUCGAGCUGAGUGUUCUUGGCCCACCUCCUUCUGGCUCUACUGCUUCCUCUUUUGGGCUUCAUUCUGCCCCUAGGCCUCUUCAAUGUUUCAAUUGUCAUGGUUUUGGCCACAUCGCAGCUGUCUGUCCUUCCAAGACGUUUUCUGUGCCUUCUCCUCUGUCUCGUCUUCAAGACAUAACUGCUCAAUAUCCUUCACAUGGUGGCCAUCAACAGUGGGUUGAUGAUACCGAUGCAAACACUCAUAUUACCAAUGACCUGAGCUUCUUAUCCCUUGCUAAACAGUAUCAUGGUUCUGACAAUGUUGGAGGUGUGCUUGGUGGAACAGGUUCGCCUAUUAAAAAUAUUGGAUUUGGGGACGAGGAGGACACUUUCUUGGGCAAGAGUAGUAAUGGCCUAUAUCCCUUUUCAUUUACACCGAAUGAGUUUUUUCAAGUUUUGCGUGAUCGUGUUGCUUUACUAGGUGUCUAUGUUGACCGCUCUGUGUGGCACUCUCGCCUUGGUCAUCCUGCUUCGUCUACUUUGCAAUUUUUGUUAUCUCAUAAUAAAUUGCCAUCUUCUGGCUCUGUCUAGUUCUUUUUGUCAGUCAUGUACGUUGGGUAAAAGUGUUAAAUUACCCUUUAGUCCUUUUUAUGUCCUUUCUUCUCCACUGAAACUUAUUCACUCUGAUGUAUGGAGUUCUUCAAAUAAAUCUAUUUCUUAUUUUAAUUAUUA